AUGUCCGCAGCACAACUUAUUCUUGGGAGUGGGUGUCUGUCUGUUCGACAGGACGAACAGUGCUCCCAGCUACGUAGCGUACUCAGCGGAAUUCAACUCGAAGCCGCAGAGGAGGAAACGCAGCGGUUCUCGGACCCGCUGACCCCCGAGGAGCGACGCACCGUGAACCCCUGUGCACAGGGGAGAGCGGUAUCGCCGCCAGAGGUACCGCGUUUGCCGCACGUACACACAGCCAGUGAGGUUCUUGAGCAGCUCGCACAGAAACCAACGGCAUGCUCUCUUGAGUGGCGCGUUCUGCACCGUCCUUUGCUACCGGCAAGCUAUCGCAACAUUUACUUGCGCUGGUCUCGCCCGGUGCGACACAUUCUGAUUCUCUUCACCGUCUACUCUGAUUCUGCUCGAAGUUCCGCGGUUAAAAUAUGUCAAUGGCUUGAAGCUGAGUAUCCAGAACUCAUCCUCUACUCGGAAACAGAGCACACGCUACCGGGCACGUUGCACUUUCCACGAGAACAGACGCAGACACCCAUCGACCUGGUCAUCUGCUUGGGUGGUGAUGGACUCGUUUUGCACGCCUGUGCAUCGCUCUUUCCGAAAGCGGCACCACCACUGAUGCCUUUUCAUCUAGGAUCUUUGGGCUUUCUCACACCCUUUCCGUUCAACAAUUUCCCGUCAUGCGUUCGGGAGGUAAUGCGCGGCAGCGACGUCACCGUUACGCUGCGAAUGAGGCUGGACUGUGCUAUCUACAAGGAUGGCGAUGGUCAGCGACCCCUGAUCCAAAAGACUGUAUUGAACGAAGUCGUCGUCGACCGUGGUCCAGCACCGUUUCUCAGUAAUCUGGAAUGUUACUGCGAUGACUUUCCAGUGACGCGCAUUCAAGCUGACGGAGUCAUCCUGGCGACGCCGACGGGUUCCACAGCGUACUCGUUGUCGAGCAACGGCUCGAUGGUGCAUCCUUCGGUACCAGCUAUUCUACUGACGCCGAUUUGUCCGCACUCGCUGUCAUUUCGACCGGUGAUCUUUCCAGACUAUGUAACGCUGAAAAUUCGCGUAUCGCGUCAUGCGCGGGGCUCAGCCUGGGUCAGUUUCGACGGACGAGCGCGCACGGAACUCCAGCGCGGGGACUACUUACGAGUUCAGAUAUCACCUUGGCCUCUAGCUACGUUGAAUUAUAACGACCAGACACAGGAUUGGUUUCGUUCGGUAUCACGAUGUCUCCGCUGGAAUGAGCGACCUAUGCAGCGGCUGCUCUCGCUCGAGGGAAACGCCUGGGAAGAGUCGCCCCCGGCUGGCGCUUCACCGAGAGCGCCCAGUGAUCUGACCCCGCCAGCUGGCACUGGAAGUCUAGAGCCGGCUCCAGCAACGCCACUGGACUCCUUCAAAGAGGAAUGCGGGUCGCCGGACCUGGUAGAGCCCGAGCGGGAGGCAUCUACUUUCAGUCGGAUCGCCAAUGCGUUUCGCUCGCCACCCGAGUGGUUUUUCGCGCGCAGCAUGGAGAACGUUCACUGCCCCAAGGGCGACAGUAGCGCUUCUCGCUAG